CCGACCGAUGACUGCCAAGAUGGAUGGGUCGGAGCUGCAUCACAAGAUGAGCAAGAAGAUAGCCCAGCUGACCAAGGUCAUCUUCCACCUCAACACCAAGGCCGACGAGCAGGAAGUGUACCUGCAGGCUGUGUCAUCCGCAUACGAAAAGGAGAUCGACCAGAUUGUCAAAGACGCCAACCAGAAACUCGCCAAGACCACAGAGGCGCUCGAGAAACUCCGCAACGACAAGUGAGCACUGCAUUCUGAAUCACUGGAAGAGGAAGGACACGCAGACACACAAAGCGUCCAUUCCUUAUGUCGUUUGUCUGCCCUGGACUGCACUGCACUGCACUGCACUGCAGAACAAGCGGCAAGGAGAUCGACCAGCUGAAGGUGCGCAUCGACGAGGAGAAGAAGACGGCUCUGAAGCAGAUUCAGGACUACAGGAAGGCGUGUGAGGACCGCGAGCAGAAGAUCAACCGCCAAUGGGGCGAGAAGAUGGCCGGCGUCACCGGAGAACUCAUCGACCUCAAGAACAAAAUGAAGGAACAUAUGGAGAAGUGCAAGGAGGCACUCACUACCAUCGAGCAACAGACGGGUGGGGCCGGUCGUCUCUGUGUCUGUGUACGGGAUGUGCGUGCGAGAGGGUGUGUGUCGUUCAGGUCAGCUGGAGAUGACCAAGAAGAGACAGCACCGCGAGAUAGAGGACAUCACCCGCCAGCACAACGACCGCUACAACGCCCUCGUCGCCGAGAAGGAGGAGAGCGAGAACCAGCUGCAGAAAGAACUUGACGCAGAAAGAAACGUAUGAGACCAGCACCCUCACGGACCCCUGAUCACCAUUCAUUGUCCCUUUUGCAGAAGCUCCAUCGUGCUGUCGAGAGUCAACGGAAGGCGCGCAGCGAGGCCGACCGCACGAGAGAGGACCUCCAGAACGAGGUAGCUGAGCUGAGACAGAAGUGCGAGACGGCGGCCGAGGAGGCCGAGAGCCUACGGGGGAAGCUGCGGGUCAUCGAGGAUGAGCACAAGGCACAGCUCAAGAGGGCCACUCAGGAGAACCAACAGCUCAAGAAGGAGUGAGACAUACAAAAAUACGAGGAAGCGCUCAGACGCUGAUCGAUUCGUGUCUUGUUUAUAGUCUUGAGACGGCCCGGUCGUCAGGCGACGGCCUCUCCUCCCAGGUAACCGAGAAGCAGACGGAGCUCGACCAGGUGCAGACAGCACUCCAGACCAUACAGGUGAGCCAGUGACAUGUGUGAGACACGCUCCAGACACCCAUCUUUGCGUUGACUGCUACUCCAGUCCGAGCUGACAAGCGAGAAGAAGGCCGGCAUGGACCUGCUGCGGCAGCUGGAAAACGAGAGAAGAAACGCUCGGCAGUUUGAGGACCAGUGCAACAAGUAAGGCCGGGAACGAAGCAGCCUCCAAUGUGUUGUGAUUUCGUUAUCCGGUCUGCACGCAGAGAGAAGGAGAGGACUAGAGCGGCCGAGGCGGCCGUUGAGGCGUCUCGUGAGGAGCGCAAGAACCUCGAGAGGAAGCUGAGGGCAGACAUCGAUGCCGCCAACAAGAAGACACAGGGACUGCAGGAGCUCCUCAACCAGGCCAAAGGUGGGCCCUGCAGCAUAGAGUGGACAAAUGGUCGCUGUGUGGUGAUUGUGUUUCUGUUGCAUACACGCUCAGAUGACGCGCAGCGCCAGCGAUCAGCAGCCGCGGAGGCAGAGGAGAACUACCAGCGAGUCAAGGUUGAGCUUGAGGGUGUGCAGGGCGAGUCAUCACAGAAAGAGAAGACCUUGCAACAGAGAAACGAACGGCUGGAGCUGCAGGUAGGGAACAAUUGGCCUUUCUAGCCUCCAUCCAUGCCGUCUGUGUCGUGUUCUUUGUGUGUCUGUCCAGCUUACACAGCUGAAGGAUCAUUUGAAGCUGACUGAGAGUGCCCUGGAGGACACCAUCGCCAAGGGCAAAGCCGAUAGAGAGGUGUGCCGGCCUGACACACGAAGCGCAGCACUACAUGCUGUCAUCUUAUUGUCAGGAGCACCAGAAGCGCGAGAGUAGCAUGAACGACACCAUCGCGCAGCUCAAGCGCAGCACAGAGUCCUCUCAGGCCAGGCUGCAAAAGGAGGCAAGCAGACACAUCACACCGAUCCACAUAAGCGACGCUCUCUCACCCUGUGUCUCUUGCCUCAGUGGGAGGACAAGCUCAAUGCGCUUGAGUUGGACCUAAGGGAGGAGCUGAUGACCAAAGCAAAUGCUGAGAAGCAGCAGCUCAUCGAGCGAUACACGCAAGAGCGGGAUCAGGUGAGGCAGCAAGCAUUGCUGAUGCAUAAAUGGACGGGCCGGAGACACUUCCUGUCUCUGCUACAGGAGAGGACUCUGAGGGAGAAGGCAGAGGAGGAGAACCAAAAUCUUGCUGAGCAGAUCGAGAAUGCCGAAAGGUGGGCGCGUGCCGAUCCCGUCUAACGGUCCCUGCACCCACUCCUGUCUCUUCCUCUCGUUCCCAGAUCCCUUCAGGCCUCGAACGCAGAGAGGGAAUCUGAGCGGGCGGCUCAGGAGGCCCAUUCCAGCCAACUCCAGGCCGAGAUCGACAAGACACACAAGGAGCGUGAUGCUUUGUCCGCCGACUAUCAAGCGAUGCAGAAGCAGAUGGUUGACAAGGACAAGGAACUCAAGCAGUUGCAGAAGGUGACCAUGAAAAGUCGGAGAUCCACACCACAUUGUUGUGUCCCCGUUCAUCUCCUGUGUGUCGUCAGGAUCUGGAGUUGGCUGUCAAGAAAAGCGCGAGUUCGCUGCAGUCUCAAAUUGAUGACCUCAAAGCCGAUCACGAAGAGGCGCUGGUCAAGGAGAGGCGCCAGAGGGAGAGGGAGGUGGAGGAGCGCUCGCAACGAAUCCGGCACCUCACACAAAAAGUAGAGUCGCUCGAGAAUGAACGAGACGCAACUGUAAGUCAGCACUGUGCAGCAUACAGAGACCAAGCGGCACACUUCUGUGUGUCAGGUGAAGUUUUGGCGUCGAAAGGUUGAAGAGCUCGAGGGGUCGAUGGCCGACUCGAAGUCGCACCUCAUCAGCACCGCACAGGAGCUGCAAGACUACCAGCAGCAGAUACAGAGACAGACCGAGGAAAUGCAGGAGAAGGAGAGGUGUGUAGAUGAUAUGCACAGAAACCAUGAGCGAGGAUAAUGUCGUUCUGGGUCUUGUCUGUGCAGACGCUUUGACGCUGAUCUGCACUCCUUGACGGAAUGCCAUCAGCACGAGAUGAAAGAGGCGACCAAGAAGCACACAUCCGAGCUGGAGGGGAUGAGAAGGGAGCUGACCGACACCCACAGACAGCAGCUCGACGCACUGACAACCAAACAGAAGGAGGAGGUGAGAAGAGAGUCCACAAAACACACACGUCAUCAAGCUGGCUGACUCCUGUGCAGGUCCAAAGACUGUCGUCCGAGCACCAGGCCAAGGUCCGGUCGCUUGAGAGCGACCACAGAAAAGCCGUCACAGAACUGGAAAGGCAGCACCAGCAGGCCAUUGAGGUAGGUCGUGAAGCAGCACACCUUACCCUGCAUAAUGCCUGGCUUCCUAUGUUUCAUUCAGGUGGUGAACGACCGUUUGAACGACGCGCGACAGGCGCACAUGAGGGAGGCAUCCGUGCUCAAGAGAGACCUGCAGCAGGAGAGAGAGGUAAUCACAUCAUCCCACCCACGGACACGGGCCUUCAUCUCCUCAUGUCUCCUAUAUUCCUCAUGUCUCCUCCUUCCUAUCCACAGGACCGGUCGUUGGCCGACGCAGAGGUGACAAGGCUGCAAGCGGACGUCGAGCACCGAAAGGCAGAGGCGGCCAGCCUGCAGGCGACGCUGAAACAGACCACCGAGCGGUUUGAGAAGGAGAUUGUCGGCCUCACCACUGCGCACACGGCCAAGCUGCAACAGCUCAACAGCGACCACCGGCAGGCCAUGCAGACCCUCAAAACCGUCCAGGCAGAGGAGACACAACGCCUUGAGGAGCGCUUUGCACAGGUCUCACACGGCCACACGCAGUGUAAUGGGUGCCCAUUACUGCACAUCUGCCAUAUCUCUCGUCUGCCUCCAGGAACGUGGCGCGUUUGAGGGCGAGAUAGGGGAUUUGAAUCGUGAGGUGCAGAAGUGGCAACGAAUGUAUGACAACAGGCCCUCACGGCCAGAGGACGUGCAGAAGAUUGAGGAGUACGAGAAGCAAAUCGUCGACAGAGAGGUGACGGACUCGGACACAAGGACGACACACCACAAGGACUGCCCGUUGUCUCUGGCCGUGCAGGGUGCGAUUCGCAAGCUGCAUGACGACAUGCAGUACUAUCGUCUGGAACUCGUCAACAGGUGCCCUCGGCCGACACCAGAGACACACAAAGACUGAUCCGUCCAUGUGCUUCGUCCACAGGGAGCAGAACUACAACAGGGUGUUUGGUAACGCGCCCAACAUCGGCGUCUUCAAUCCAUUGGACAAAAAGGAGAAGAGCGGGCCAAGAAUACUCCCACAAACAAAUGGAGCUGUUUUGGGUACAAACACAGAUCGAGACGCAGGACAAGUGGCCUUCAGAGGCGCAUGUCUGAACCUCUGUGUGUGUGCGUGUGUGUGUGUGUGUGUGUGUUUGUGAGGCAUUGGGAAUGUGUCGGGUUCUGGUGACUCUCUGGGUGCUGUGGCAGUGCCGCCUCAGGCGGCCAACGGCCGCGGGAAGCAGCGAAGGAGCAGGACCAAAGACAGCCUUGGCAGCAACACCAGCAACAGGCCACCAUCAGGCGGACAUAGAUAGACGGGAUGAGCAGACAGACAGACAGACAGACAGGGAAUACGCAUGUGUGGCUUUUUUU